UUCAAGUACCUUCAGCUAGCAAGUUUCUCUACUUCUUCUUAUUGCAUUUUCACCAAAAGAUUAUUCGUUUAGAGUGAUUUUAUACAAUAUUUUCAGUUGAAUUUGAAGAUUACGAUGGAGAAGAUAGAGAAGGGAAACAAUGGCGCCCCUAUUGGCCAAUCUCCACUGCCGAUGCUGCAGGGAUCCAGGGAUGAAGACGAUAUGCCGGCGGUGCGGACGGCGGAGCCCUUGGCAAGAUUGGUGCCAAUGGCUUUAUGUGUUGCGGCCCUGGUGGUCAUGCUAAAAAAUUCUGAGACUAAUGACUUCGGCUCUCUUUCCUAUUCCGACCUUGGAGCUUUCAGGUAUUUAGUGCACGCCAAUGGGAUUUGUGCUGGUUAUUCUCUUCUUUCAGCUAUUAUCGCAGCCAUGCCUCGCCGCUUCACCAUGUCUCAAGCCUGGACUUUCUUCUUCCUUGACCAGGUGCUGACUUACUUGAUUUUGGCUGCCGGAGCGGUGGCAGCCGAGGUGCUGUACCUGGAACAAAAGGGAGAUUUAGCCAUCACCUGGAGUGCCGCUUGCGGCACAUUCGCCGGAUUCUGCCACAAAGCCACGGUCUCAGUAAUCAUCACAUUUGUUGCAGUAGCUUGUUAUGCAGUGCUUUCACUCGUCUCCUCUUACAAACUCUUCAGCAAAUAUGAUGCUCCCGUCACCUAUCCAACCACCAAAGGCAUUGAAAUCCCUGCAGUUUUCCAUAUCUGAUCUCAUCAUCCAUCCCCUCAGUUUCAGGCACCCAUAAAUACUAUCUAUAAAAUAACAGCAAAGAUGUGCACUUUCUGCAAUGUGUUUAAUUUAAUCCCACGAGUGCUCCAUAUAUGUGUUUAAUUUCUCUGUGUUUUUACAUGCUUUCCCCAUUUACUUUAAUGUAUUUAUAUAUAUAUUUGGUGUCAAAUGUGCGUCCGAUUUGCUAGCUAUUUGUACUCUAUGAACAUAAUCGGAAACUAUCUAAUUGUCAAGUUCUUUGUUUAUAUUGAACUUGACAAUAUGCGAAUAAUUAUCCUUAA